AUGAGGCUUGUGGCUGUGGGACAGUGCCAGGGCACGGGGAUGCCACAUGGUCACCAUGCCUUGCUUUGUCCCCAGUCCAUCGAGACGCUGCGGGUGGAUGGCAGCGGGCGUCACUCCUUUCACGCUGUUCUGCGGAGACACACGGAGCCACUGGGCCUGGCUGUGUUCGAGAGCCGGUUCUUCUGGACCGAUGGCACAGAGCUGGUGUCAGCCACCUGGGCCUCUCCCCAGGAGCACGCAGUGUUGCUCCGUGCUCCUGUCUCAGCUUUCACUGUGGUGCACGCACUGCAGCAGCCUCCCCGGGAUACUGCUGCGUGUGCUCCAGGUCUGUGCAGUCACCUUUGCCUCCUGUCACCUGUGCACCCCCGGGGCUACAAGUGUGCCUGUCCAGAGGGCCUCUUCCUCCUGCCCUCCGGAAAGUGCACAGAGCUGUCCAUCAUGUAUGCAUCAGGAAAGGCCAUCUCCCUGGUGCAUGUGGGCCCUGGAGCACACAGCAGAUGGGUACAGGAGUGGCAGGAGCCCUUCCACCUGCAAGACGUGGACUGGCAGAGGUCAGUGCUCUAUGGAACAGAUGACCGUGGGACGCUGCUGAGUGUUGUGGGGCACCCUGGCAGGAGAGAGGCCAUUGCAACUGGGCGGCCAGUGUGCUCUGCCCGUGUGGACAUCCGCUCAGGGGACCUGUACUGGCUCGCAUGUAACCGGAGGGACAUCGGGGUGAUCCGGGCAUCUGACAUGUUCCCGCGCAUCCUGCACCGUGCUCGCAGCAGCAUCCAGCACCUCUUCUUGGACUGGCAGAGGGGCGCUCUGUACUGGCUAGCCCGUGGGCAGCCCCUGCAGCAGCUGAGCCUGGCUGGGGGUGCUCCGUGGGAUGCCUGGAAUGAGACAUGGCCUGGAGACCUGCCUGCAGCCAUGGAUAGCAGAGCCUUCAGCCUGCUCUGGUGCUCAGGCCUGGGCUUGCGGGCACUGAGUCUGACCAAACAGCAAGCAGUCACCCUGGCACCCAGCUGGCCCCACGGCGUUGUGGCCGCCUUCGAGCCAUACCUGGUGUCGGCAAACGAGACGGCUCUGCUACUGUGGGACCGGAGGACGCUGACCCUUGUGCUGACCAUGCCAGCAGCAGGCGUGCAGGGAGUAGUGGCCUUCGUGGGCUCGGAGCUGCAGGCUGUGCCACCAAGCAAGGGUUCUGCCCUGCCACUCCCUCCACCUGUGACCACCACUAUGAAGACAACAACAAGCACCACUGCUGCUCAUCCCACCACCUCCACCACAACACCUACACCAAGCAGGACCACCUCUGUGCUCACCACUACUCCUGCACCAACCAGCAAGGCCACCACCACCACCCGGUCCACACCAACCACCACCAGCCAGUCCACAUCAACAAAGACGACCCCUGUGCCAACCACUGCCCGGACCCCACCAAGCAAGACCACCACUGUGCAGCCAACCACCACCAGCACCACCACCACCACUACUCGGGCUUUGCCAACUAAGGUCAUUGUCCCACGGCCGACUACUACCACCCAGCACCCAACCAGUCCUGCACGGGUAGUGCCGCCUACCCCGCCACUCCAGUCAAGCCCUGCUCACCCCCUGACCCCUGUCCUUCACCUGUCCUGUCCUCGCACACACGUGUCCUGCCGUGAUGGCACUGAGUGUGUGGCCCAGGAGUACCUGUGUGAUGGGGAGAAAGACUGUGCAGAUGGCUCUGAUGAGGACGGGUGUGCCCAGCUCUGCAACACUCCAGGGGCCUUCCACUGCGCGAGCGGAGCCAUGUGCGUUGCGGCGGGAGAGCGCUGCGAUGGGGUGCCCCAGUGCCCUGAUGCCUCGGAUGAGACAGGCUGCUGGACCCCCACGCAGGAGUGUGCCCUGCGCUGUGACGCUGCCACCCGCUGCAUCCCCAAGAGCUGGCUGUGUGACGGCCAUGCUGAUUGCCUGGACCACACUGACGAGCAAGGCUGUGUGCCGAAGGAGUGCGGCCCGGCUGAGUUCUCCUGCCGGAGUGGGCAGUGCGUGGCCCUGGCCCUGCACUGCGAUGGUGACCACGACUGCCAGGACGGCUCAGACGAGGAGGGCUGUGCUGUGCCCCGGCCGCUGCUCUGCCGUGAGGGUGAGGUGAGGUGUUCCCACAGUGGGGAGUGUGUGCCGGAGGCCUGGCACUGCGAUGGCACUGCCGACUGCAGGGAUGGCACAGACGAGCAGGGCUGUCCUUGGGAGGAAGGGCUGUGUGAGGACCAGCAGUGGGGCUGCUCCCAUGGCCAUGAGUGCAUCCCUGAUGUCUGGCGCUGCGAUGGAGAGACUGACUGCACAGAUGGCAGCGAUGAGUCUGGCUGCCAGCCUGCUCCCUGCCAGAGUCAUGAGUACCCCUGUGGGCUGGGGACCUGCCUGAAUGCAUCCUUGGUGUGUGACGGCCGGCAGGACUGCGCGGAUGGCUCAGACGAGGGGGGGAACUGCUCUGUGCCCUGCAAACAAUCCUGCGCUCAUCUCUGCUACCCCUCGCCCCAGGGCCCCCGUUGCUGGUGCAGCCCAGGCUAUCGGCUUGCCAAGGAUGGGCUGUCCUGCGUGGACAUAGACGAGUGCACAGAGUGGGGCGAGGGAGCCUGCAGCCAAACAUGCCUCAAUGCCCCAGGGUCCUACAGCUGUGGCUGUCUCCCUGGCUACCUGCUGGAGCCUGAUGGUCGUGUCUGCAAACUCACUGGAGCAGAGCCCGUGUUGCUGGCGGCUGUGCAGUCAGAGGUGUUGGCCUAUGGCCUGCGGAGUGGGCGUGAGGAGGUGCUGCUGGCCACUGACAAGGAUCGUGUCGUCUUCUCACUCGACUAUGACUUGGAGGAGAGGAAAGUCUUCUGGAUGGACCUGGCCACAGAGAGCAUCCGCUGGCAGGACCUCAGCUCGGGCAAGAAAGGCACACUGGUGAAAGGUGUAAAAUCAGACUGUAUAGCAGUGGACUGGCUUGGGAGGAACCUGUACUGGACAGAUGGUGCAGCAGGACAGGUGCUGGCCACUCGCUUGGGCGCUGCCUGGCAAGGGAUACCAGAGUACACUGUGGUGAUGGAUGGAGACCUAGACCAGCCCCAUUCUCUGGUGGUCCAGCCUCUGGCAGGGCUGCUGUAUUGGUCAGAGGUGGGGAGCCACCCACGUCUGAUGGAGUCCACGAUGGAUGGGAGUCGGCGGCACGUGCUGCUGGCCCGGGGGCUGGGCUGGCCCACAGCACUAGCCCUCGAUCUCCCCACCCAGAGGAUCUUCUGGCUGGAUGAGAAGCUGGGCAGUGUCAGUUCUGCACGUCUGGAUGGCACCAGUGUGAAGGUCCUGAAGCUGGGCUGGGUCCGGAGCCCCUUUGCGGCGGCCGUGUGCGAGGGCCAGCUCUACUGGUCGGAGAGGAAGACAUGGUCCGUGCAGCAGGUGGACAAGGCCAGUGGCAAGAACAGAACCACACUGCUCAAGCGGCACGGCCAGCCCCAUGGCCUCCAGGUGAUGCACCCAGCCCUGCGCCCCACAGCCCCUAACCCAUGCGAGACUCGUGGCUGCUCCCACCUGUGCCUGCUGAGCGCCAGGCACACUGGGCAGUGCCGGUGCCCUGCCAGGCUGGUGCUGGCUGCCGAUGAGACUACCUGCCUGCCCCUCCGUGAUUCAGCCUUUGCCCUCCUGGUGUCAUCAGUAGCUGUGGCACAGGUCUACCUGAAAGACCUGCCUGCAACAUCUGGAUCCCAAGGGCUUCCCUCGCACCGGACCCUGCCCUUGGCCAAGGUGGGCCACCUGACAGCCAUCGACUACGCAGUGAAAGACAAGAGUUUGUACUUUGCAGAGGUGGGAGGCAACUCCAUCGGACUGCUGCGUCUGAAGGACUGGGGACGGCUGUCCUGGAAGAAGGCAGUAGCUGUGGAGGGCACGGUGACGUCCCUGGCCUUGGACUGGCUGAGUGGGAACCUGUACUGGAUUGGAGGGCAGCUGCCCAGCAUCCAUGUGGCAGCUCCCGGGGGGCGGUGGGCCCUGGCACUACUCAGCGAGGGGCUGCAGGGCGCUGCCUGGCUGGCACUGUGCCCUCGUGCCUCCACCAUGUGCUUUGUCACAGCAGCUGGCAGCCAUGGGCCUGGUGCCACCGUGGAGUGUGCAGCCAUGGAUGGCACUGGCCGCAGAGCGGUCUGGAGGAGAGCCCGGGCUCCCACUGGCCUCACCUUUGGGGCUGCUGGCACCAGGCUGUACUGGGCAGACCACGAGAGAGGUACCAUCAGCAGCAUCGAACUGGAUGGAUCCCACUUUCGGGUGGUGCGGGAAGGGCUGCAUGGUCUCUCGCUCUUUGCCAUAGGAGAAGGCUUUCUGCUCUGGAGCACAACCUCAACCAAUGGAUCCAGCAAGAUCUGGCAUAGCCGGAUGGAACGGGCCGAGAGCUGGUGGUUCCCAAUGGAGAAGGAUUUGGUAGCCAUGAGGAUUUACAGCCAGUUCUCACAGGAAGGCACCAACGCCUGUGCAAAGAGCAAUGGGGGCUGUGCCCAGCUCUGCCUGCCCAACCCUGCAGGGCGGCAGUGCCGCUGCUCUCCCGGUUACCACCUCGUGCGUGGAGCAGCAUGUGCGCCAGCAGUGUCCUGCCCUGCUGCACUCCAGCCCUGCCCUGACCUCCAGAGCUGCAUCUCUGGAGAGCAGGUCUGUGAUGGGCGCCCUGACUGCGCUGACGGCUCUGAUGAGUCUGACUGCCCCUCCCGGCAGAGGGGGACGCAAGUCCCCGCAGUGUCACCGUCAGGAAUGUCCCGCGUGGAAGAACAGAAACCAACCUCACCCAUAACUGCACCGCAGCCUCGACAGCCCAGCCCCAGCUCACCCGCAGCCCCUGGCCCCCGGGAGCACGGAGAGCCCUUCCUGGUACCCCCCAGCACGGAGGAGGUGCUGAGGGCUGUGCCGUGCAGCAGCGAGACGUGCAACCUGCGCGGGGACUGCGCCAUCGAGGCCGGGCGAGUGACGUGCCACUGCGCCCUGGGCUAUCGUGGCAACUACUGCGAGGAGGCAGAGGUGCAGCCCUUCGCAGGACCCAUUGCCCUGGGCGUGGCCGUGCUCCUCCUGCUCGCUGCUGCUGCUGUGGGGGCCCUGGCCUACAUGCGGAGGCGGGACAGGCGGAGGAGGACCUCAAGCACUGCUUCCACCCGGGUGCUGACCUUGUACCACCGUGAAAGUGACCCCGAGGAAGAGGAUGAGGAGGAGGAGGAAGAGCUUCCCCCCAAGAGUGAUACAUUUGUGAAUGAAGCUUACGAUGGGAAAGAGGAGCUGCCAGCCCUGCCGAGGAAGGGAUCAUCUCACCUCAACACUGGAUUUUCAUAAAGGAAUGUUGUGCAGCA